AGCAUUGUACCAGCAAAUCGCCUACUGUUCGCGGACAUAAAAUAUCGGAAUUCAGUGUACGAUUCAAUCAUCUAGCGACGAUGACCACGGUUUUAUGGUUGUGCCUGCUAGUUGCGGCGCUGCCGCUGUCGUCGGCGAGCCAAUGCAAUUUGCCGGAGGAACUGACCAAGGAGAUCCGGUCGUACCGCGAGCCGGUCAAUCAGAUAAUCGACGCCGUGACCGCGGGGAAGUACAAGGGAAAGACGUACGAUGAGCUGGCCAAGUUCGUGGAUACGUUCGGGGCCCGGCAGGUCGGCGGGGAAGUACUGGAGCACUCCAUCGAUUACCUGCUGGAGUUGAUGCAGACGAAGGACUAUGAUUUGGAGAACGUGCACGGGGAGAAUGUGACGGUUUCGCGCUGGAUAAGAGGAAAAGAGUCCGGGGAAAUGAUUCAACCGCGCCCAGCGAACAUUCCAGUUUUGACUCUCGGAGGAUCUAUAUCGACCCCAACCGAAGGCAUAGAAGCGGACGUGGUAGUUUACAGAUCCUUCGACGAACUGGACGCCAAUCCAAGCAGCGCCGAAGGGAAAAUAGUGGUGUUUAACAACGAUUUCGUAUCCUACGGCGUAUCGGUAGUCUACCGAACAGAAGGGCCUACCAGAGCAGCGAAAUGCGGAGCUCUAGCUGUUUUAGUGAGAUCGGUAACUUCAUUUUCUCUGAACACCCUGCAUACAGGUCAAACGGACUACACCGAUGGCGUGAAAAAGAUUCCGGCGGCUUGCAUUACAGUCGAGCAUGCGCAUAUGAUGCAAAGAUACCACGAUCGCAAUGUAACGGUUCGUAUGCGACUGAACAUCCAGACGCAAGUGGAUCCUGAUGGUGUUUCCAGAAACACUGUAGCGGAGUUGAAGGGGUCUUCGAUUCCUGACAAAACGGUGAUAGUUUCCGGUCAUCUGGACAGCUGGGACGUGGGGGUAGGAGCUAUGGAUGACGGAGGCGGCGCGUUUAUAUCCUGGUAUUCCUUGGUGGUGUUGAAAGGGUUAGGAUUGAGGCCCAAACGGACCGUAAGAGCAGUACUAUGGACCAGCGAAGAAGACGGCCUGAUAGGCGUUCAAAGCUACAAUAAAACCCACGAAAAAGAAUUGGAUGAUUUCGUUUUUGUGAUGGAAUCUGAUGAAGGAACGUUCACACCAUUGGGGCUUAUAUUCCGAGCUGGAACAAAAGGAGCUUGCAUUUUGGAGGAGAUAUUGAAACUGUUAGCUCCAAUAAAUGCAACGACUGCUCAAAAUAGCGACGAUGCAGUAGGUUCAGAUAUCAGCAUUUGGAAAGACUUGAUCCCUACUGCGAGCCUCCUGAACGAUAACGAUAGAUACUUUUGGUACCAUCAUAGUGAAGCUGAUACAAUGGACGUAUUGGAUCCCAGUGCUUUGGACAAGGCUACUGCUCUUUGGGCGUCAGUAGCUUACGUUAUCGCCGAUUUAAAGGAUGAUUUUCCGAGGAGUUUCGAGAAAAUUGAGGAUAGUCCUGGCGUUGCGUUUCAACCUAAACCUACCAGUUUCUUAGUGGCGGUUUUAGUAUUGUGUAAAUUUUUAUUUUUAUGA